UUCCCAUAGAAUUGGCCGUCCAACAAUCGUCUCAGCAGAAAGAAUGGCUGCGAUUUUUUACUGUAACUGUCGCAGUUACGGAAGAGCGUACAGUUUGCUUUGCGACACACAGCAUUGCCCUUCCGCCAAUUGCUCCUCCGUUCACGACUCGUCUAGUUUCGCCCGUCGCGCGGGCAGCUGGAGCUGGGUGGGUAGGUUAGGACCAGGUGGGCGGGCGCUAUACCACCUGGACUGGCUUGCAUCUGAACGAAUCAGAGAGACGCAAAGCAGUGACUGUACUCCAGUCUAACGCCUAGUGCCGCUUCAGAGUAUCCACGCCCGACUUCUCCCGCAGCGUCGUUCACUUGCUCCCGGCUCCGCCUCCACGGAUCAGCGGAGCGAGGACCUGCGGGUUAGUAGUCGACUCAAAAGCGCUCGCUGGCGAGAAUCUGCGGGGCGAUCAGCAGCAGCAGCCGCAGCAGCAGCAGCAGCAGCAGCAGCAGCAGCAGCAGCAGCAGCAGCAGCAGCAGCAGCAGCACAGCAGCAGCAGCAGCAGCAGCAGCACAGCAGCAGCAGCAGCAGCAGCAGCAGCAGCACAGCAGCAGCAGCAGCAGCAGCAGCAGCAGCAGCAGCAGCACAGCAGCAGCAGCAGCAGAGCAGCAGCGCGGCGGCGGCGGCGGCCGGCGGCGGCGGCGGCGGCGGCGGCGGCAGCAGCAGCAGCAGCAGCACAGCAGCAGCAGAAGCAGAGCAUGAUGGCACCCCUUCUCCCCUUCCUGCUCCUCCUCUCCUCCCUCGCACCACCGACGCUCGACUCACCGUCGACGCGCUCCUCCGCGUCGCCUCUCGCCCAGCCGCGCGGGCCCUUCAAGUGCAGACGUGCACGGGGAUAACGCAGCCCUGCCCGGCGGCGUCGGCUGCGUCGAGAACGCGCGCUUCUGCGACGGCGCGCCCGACUGCCCGGACGGCAGCGACGAGGACAGCAACUACUGCGCGAUGAUGUUUCCACCGGACUACGACUACGGGCCGCAGUGCAACCCCGAGCAGCAGCAGAUGACGUGCCCGGGCGGCGGGCAGUGCGUGGACGAGGCGCGCGUGUGCGACGGGAAGGCGGAUUGCGCCGACGGCAGCGACGAGAAGGCCAGCUACUGCUACGACUUUUAUUGCGACAACUUUGGGAGGGUGCAAUGCCCCUCUAAGAUGGGCUGCAUGCCGCCUGGCGGUGAGUGCGACGGCGUGAAGCACUGCGCGGACGGCAGUGACGAGGGGAGCCAAUGCCCCGGGUAUCAAGACCCAUCGACGACUGGAGGCAGCUCGACGACUGGAGGCGGCUCGACGUCUGGAGGCGGCUCGACGUCUGGAGGCGGCUCGACGUCUGGAGGCGGCUCGACGUCUGGGGGCGGCUCGACGUCUGGGGGGGGGACUGUUGUGCUGAGUCCGGAGGAAAUGGCGAGGCAGAAGAGGGAAGCAGCCGCAAGGCGGGCGGCUGCUAUUGCUGCUAAGAAGGCGGCUCUGGAGGCAAAGCGGAAGAAGCAGGAGGAGAAAGCGGCGGCAAUUGCUGAGAAGAAGCGGAAGCAGGAGGAAAAAGCGGCGGCCAUUGCGGAGAAGAAGAGGCUCCAGGAGGCGAAGGCUGCUGCUAUUGCUGAGAAGAAGCGGAAGCAGGCAGAAAAGGCGGCCGCGAUUGAAGCUAAGAAGAGGAAGCAGGCUGAGAAGGCAGCUGCGAUAGUGGCUAAGAGGAGGAGAGAGGCCGCAAGGGCAGAAGCUGUGAGCAACUAGAGAGGAACAGCCACCCACAAGAAGCAACCUUCACAUGAGCAACUCAUGUGCUCCAAUCAUACCCGUAAUCCCCCGUAUAUAACACCCCGGGUGCAGUACAAAAUUCAGGAAAAAAAUAGGGGGUGUGUGCUCUAUUUUGCGUUUAAGCUAUAGCACCCUAGUGUUAUAUUUGAGGAUGAUUUAUUAAAGAUGUGCUUUCUGUUGAGAAGGCUAGGACGCCAU